AUGGGGAGCUGGCUCUGCUCUUUCCUGGGCUCGCCCCUGCACCGGCCCUGCGCCCCGGCGGAGGCGGGCGACGAGGCGCCAGGGGACCUGGUGCGGGGCGAGCGCGUGUGGGUGAACGGCGUGAAGCCGGGCAUCGUGCGCUUCCUGGGCGAGACGCAGUUCGCGCCGGGCCAGUGGGCGGGCGUGGAGCUGGACGAGCCGGUGGGCAAGAACGACGGCGCGGUGGGCGGCGUGCGCUACUUCGAGUGUCCGGCGCUGCGCGGCAUCUUCACGCGGCCGUCCAAGCUGGCGCGGGGGCCCGGGGACGCGGGCGGCUCCGGCAGCGACGCGCCGUCGGUCGAGUCGCUCACGGCGCAGAACCUCAGCCUGCACGCCGGGGCCGCCACCCCGCCGCCCGGGCGCGCCUUCCCGCUGCGGCCCGGCAACGAGUCGGGCUCCAACCUGUCGGACAGCGGCUCGGUGCAGCGCGGGGACAAGGACCUGCGCCUGGGGGACCGCGUGCUGGUUGGGGGGACGAAGACGGGUGUGGUACGUUAUGUGGGGGAGACCGACUUCGCCAAGGGCGAGUGGUGCGGUGUGGAGCUGGACGAACCUCUGGGCAAGAAUGACGGGGCUGUGGCGGGGACCAGGUACUUCCAGUGCCCGCCCAAGUUUGGUCUCUUCGCGCCCAUCCACAAGGUGAUUAGGAUCGGCUUCCCAUCCACCAGCCCUGCCAAGGCCAAGAAGACCAAGCGCAUGGCAAUGGGUGUUUCAGCACUCACGCACAGUCCCAGCAGCUCCUCCAUCAGCUCUGUCAGCUCUGUGGCCUCAUCUGUAGGCGGCCGGCCCAGUCGCAGUGGCCUGCUCACGGAGACCUCUUCCCGCUAUGCCCGCAAGAUCUCAGGCACCACUGCCCUGCAGGAGGCACUGAAGGAGAAGCAGCAGCACAUUGAGCAGCUGCUGGCUGAGCGGGACCUGGAGCGGGCGGAGGUGGCUAAGGCCACCAGCCACAUCUGUGAGGUGGAGAAGGAGAUUGCCCUGCUCAAGGCGCAGCAUGAGCAGUAUGUCACAGAGGCUGAGGAGAAGCUGCAGCGUGCCCGGCUGCUGGUGGAGAGCGCGAGGAAGGAGAAAGCAGACCUGUCCAACCAGCUGGAGGAGGAGCGCAGGAAGGUGGAAGACCUGCAGUUCCGUGUGGAGGAGGAGUCCAUCACCAAGGGAGACCUGGAGACACAGACGCAGCUGGAGCAGGCGCGUGUUGGGGAGCUGGAGCAGAGCCUGCUGCUGGAGAAGGCGCAGGCCGAGCGGCUGCUCCGCGAGCUGGCAGACAACCGGCUGAGCACUGUGGCUGAGAAGUCUCGGGUGUUGCAGCUCGAGGAGGAACUUAAUCUGCGUUGUGGGGAGAUCCAGGAGCUGCAGCAGUGCCUGCUGAACUCGGGGCCCCCGCCCGCUGACCACCCAGAGGCGGUUGAGAUGCUGCGACAGCGGGAACGACUGCUAUCGGCCAACCAAGCGCCUCUGCGGACGGCGGCGGCAGCAGCAUCCCAGAAGGCUCUGCGCGCCUCCCAGGCAGAGGUGGAACAGCUUCGGGCCACCAACGCCAGGCUGGCACAGGAAGUGCUGGAGCUCAAAGCCAAGGUGCAGCAGGCCACCAGCGAGAACAUGGGGCUUAUGGACAACUGGAAGUCCAAGCUGGACGCGCUGGCCUCCGACCACCAGAAGUCGCUGGAGGAUCUGCAGGCCAGCCUGAGCGCGGGCCCUGGUGGUGCCCAGCAGAAGGAGCUGGGCGAGCUCAGGGCGGUGAUGGAGGGCAUCAGGAUGGAGCAUCAGCUGGAGCUGGGCAGUCUGCAGGCACGCCAUGACCUAGAGACGGCCGUACAUGUCCAGGAGAAGGACGGGCUGAGACGGCAGCUGCAGGAGGUACAGGAUGAGCUGGCGGGCCUGCAGGAGCACUGGCAGGCACAACUGGAGGAGCAGGCUGGCCAACACAGGCUGCAGCUGCGCGAGGCCCAGGACCAGCGGCGGGACGCCGAGUUGCGGCUGCACGAGCUGGAGAAGCUGGACGUGGAGUACCGGGGCCAGGCGCAGGCCAUCGAGUUCCUCAAGGAGCAGAUCUCGCUGGCCGAGCAGAAGAUGCUGGACUACGAGCUGCUGCAGCGGGCCGAGGCUCAGAGCCAGCAGGAGGCUGAGAGGCUGCGGGAGAAGCUCCUGGUGGCUGAGAACAGACUCCAGGCCAUGGAGGCCCAGUGCUCCAAUAUGAUUGAAUCAGAUGACAUUUCAGGGGACACGAUCAGGAUGAAGGAGGCCCUGGAUGACCUUCAAGACAAGCUGAACAAGAGGGACAGAGAGGUGACAACUUUGACGUCCCAGGCAGAGAUGCUCAGGGCUCAAGUAAGUGCACUGGAGGGCAAAUGCAAGUCAGGGGAGAAGAAAGCAGAGGCCCUGCACAAGGAAAAGAGGAGGCUGGAGGCCGAGCUGGAGGCCGUGUCCCGGAAGACCCAUGAUGCCUCUGGGCAGCUGGUACUCAUCAGCCAGGAGCUGCUGCGCAAGGAGCGGAGCCUGAAUGAGCUUCGAGUCUUGUUGCUAGAGGCCAACCGCCACUCCCCGGGCCCCGAGAGGGACCUGGGCCGAGAAGUCCACAAGGCAGAGUGGCGACUCAAGGAGCAGAAGCUCAAGGAUGACAUCCAGGGCCUGAGGGACAAGCUCACAGGGCUGGACAAGGAGCGGGCGCUGUCUGAGCAGAGGCGCUACUCUCUCAUCGACCCGGCCUCUGCACCCGAGCUCCUGCGGCUGCAGCACCAGCUGGUGGGCACAGAGGAUGCGCUGCGGGCGGCCCUGGACCAGACCCAGCAGGUGGAGAAGCUGCUGGAGGCGCUGCGGAACCACCCCGACAGGUCCCAGGCCUUGGGUACUCCUGGCUCCACCAACGGCCUCCACCAGCAAGACAAGACCCACAAGCAGGAGGACAAGCACUGACCCCAAGAGACAAUGGAGUGGAAUAGAGUGGAGUGGCGGGCCCCCAUCAGAGCACCCACAGGCCUGCCCGAUGGCUCUCCCUGCUGGCGGGGCCCAGAACUGCCACUUCAGAGACAAGAACAGUGUUCAUCAUGUGCCCACCGCUGCUGUGGACAAUCCCUCGUCCCUGACCCCUGCUGGACAGAGACACCGCCGCCUCCUCCAGGCAGUCUUCCAGAGAGCAUGCCCCCCUCCCCCGGGCCUGGCCCUGGGGCACAGCCUGGAUACUCCAGACCUCCCGGCUUUCUCUAGUUUGUGGGAGGAGGCAGAGGUGAUGGGGCCAGGUUCCCCCGCAUACAACAAGGGCACCCUAGACCUGGCCCUGCCUUCCCUUGCUCCUUUCCCCUCCUCCUGGGUCCCCCCUCAGGCCCCAUAGAGCCAUUGUCCCGGGAGGGGGCCCAGUCGUCAGGGUCCAAGUGGGGGCCCUUUCUGCAGUCAUGUGGGGCCAGGAAAACCCCCCAGGACUCAAGCACAGGCAGGGGGCUUGGUUGUUAGUAGAGUGAGCCCGCCCCCUGCUGGCUGGAGGGUGGAGGGCACCUCUGGGUCAGGCCCUAGCACUGACACCCCCCCCCUUCAAUGAGUGGUACGAGUUCCCUCACUCAGCGAGGCCCCGGGUUCAAGGUGUUGGGGGAGUACUUCUUAUCUCCCUCCAGCACCACCACACAGCUCCAAGCCGCUGGCCAGAGGGGCCCCCCCAAGCUCCGGGGCUACAGUAUUAGGACAGCCUGGAAACCCUUUCCCUCAUGCCCUCACAUGCUGGGACACCAGCGGGAACCCAGGGACCCCCAGAUUCAGGGCUCUAGCCUUGUCCUGACUGCUGGCUGAUGCAGUGCUGCGCCCCUCCCCCGCACAGCUCCCCAGGCCCUUAACCUUGGCUCACAUGGGGUGGGGGGCUCAGGGACCCUGAGGGAAGCUGUGCGGCAGGUGGGUGUUUGCUGCCACACAGGUGGACUGCAGGACUGCACCCCCAAAAUAACCCCCACAACAUCUGCCCAGCUUCUUCCUCUCUGUAGCCAAGGAGACAGCCCCCCUAAGAGACCCCAGGCCUGAGAGCUGAAGGGCCCCCGCCACACACACAAUCACUGCGGGGCCUCUCCACAGGGCAGUGGGGGAGCCCCAUGGUCCAACAAGACCCUGGAGGGGUCCCCCUCCCCUAGAACGGGCCACCCCACCCCUGCUGGCUUCAGUAGCUCACACUCGCUUAUUAACACGCCUAGAAGCCCAGCGCUAGGGCCUGACCCAGAGGCGCCCGCCGCCCUUUGGCCAGCAGGGGGCGCGCUCACGCUACUAACAACCAAGCCCCCACCUGCUAGGAGGGGCCGGCUCUGGGUGGGGGGUGUCAGCUGCAGCUUGCCCCUCGACAUACAGGUCUUCCCCCUUUCCCUGAUGCCCCUCCCCCAAAGUGGAAUUGUUGAAGUGUGGAGAGUUCGUGAAAAUAAAGCUUGUGACAGAGGUC